ACUCCACUGUUCACAGGCGAUUUGGCUAAACAUGACUGUUCGAUAUUGCCCUUUUUGGAUAAAAACUCCUUUUGUGGUUGGAUUGUUUGGAAACAAAUGAGAUUACGUUGGUCUUUAACAGGCAUUAGGUGUAUGAAGGGCUGUUACAGGCAUUUGUCUGUGUUUCCUGAAUUUGAAAGUUGUAAUGUUGGACCUCUGGAGUUUAAGUGAUUAAGAUGGAGAUGUCUCCACAUUAUCGAAAGGUUCAUGAGCUAGAGGCGAAUGAGGCCUGUGAUUGGCUGAGAGCAGCGGGGUUUCCACAGUAUGCUCAGCUGUAUGAAGCCUCUCUGUUUCCCAUCGAGAUCUCCACUGUGAGGAGAGACCACGAGUUUUUGGAUCAGGACUCACUCAAGGCACUAUGCAGGAGGUUAACAACCCUGAACAAAUGUGCUGCGAUGAGUUUAGAGAUUCAUUUCCAGUGUAAACAGGGUGAGGACUCUGAGGAGGAUGACGCAUGUGCUCUUAGCUCCCGUUGGGCGUUUCAGCGUGAGAGUAAAACCUGGUCCCGUCUCCGCACACUCUCACCCACCCCUGUCACACCUGGGAACAGGGCUUCAACCUUAAGAAAUUCAGGGAGUAGUGAUAGUGUUCUGAGUAACAUCAGUCUCCUAGAAGUCACCUCGCUGACCUCUGACAUCAGCGCUAGCAGCUUGAGCUUGGAAACAAAUUCUCCAGAGGUUGCGACAUAUUGUAAUGUCGCAGUGGGUGAGGGCUCAUCAUCAAUUUGUGUCUCAACUAGCCAAGAUGAGAAUGAUGAAUCCUCGUCUUCAUCACAGUCUGUAAGAGAUAAGGCAAAGUGGCCUUCUAGAUCGUUCUUAUGGAGGAGAGAGUCAAUAAAGAAGAGGGAUCAUGAGAAAGAGACUCCAACAAGCAAUUCAACGGUUACUCAACACCAUCCACCCUCAGAUCUGCAGUGCACAUCGGAUGCAAGUUUGCCUGGACAAACCUCAAGCAAGUGCAUAAUCGGCAAAUAUAAGGCGUGGAAGUCACAUACAAUAUGCCGCAGUAAUGUGAGCCAGAAAGCUUCUCUGCACAAGCCUCACAUAGAAUGCCUUUACCUGGAGGACUACCAGUUAACUUGGGAGAAGCAAGAGUUAACAAGUCACAUCAGCCAUCUAAGGAAAGAUGAUCAUGUGGUUCUCCCCUUUGAUCACAAGCCUGGAACUUUCCCCAAAUCUUUGUCAGUUGAGAGUCUCUGUCCAGUCUCUGUUUAUCAAAAUCCAGACCAUAAUGACUGGUCUGGAGAUGGAGACUUUUCAUUGGAUGGAAGCAUCAGUCGCAGUGGCUCACAAGACUUUCUCAGGUCUGGUUUUGGACAGAGGAGGAAUUCAAUCAGCUCAAUUGAAAGCAUUUACGACAACAUUCCAGAUGCGCCGGGAAGUCCACGUGACAAAUUUGACCCUUCAAAAGAGAAAACCUUUCAGCAUCUUGACGACAUUUUAAAGCAUGUACAUGGGCUACAGCACAGUAUUGACGAAUGGUCACGCUCUCUCGACCUUCAGAAACCUGACCGAUCAAAUGUAGGCACUGAGUCCACGGAAGACAUAACAUUACCUAGCAGCCUGAACUUCGAUGAGCGAUCCAUGUCGGAUGUUGGGACAACAGCAAGUGAUUAUGACAGCGCAGGAAACUCUUUGAAUGAGGGAGAAGGGGGAAUGAGAGAAAGGAGGGACUCUGGGGUGGGUGCAUCUCUUACAAGACCCAGCAGAAAGUUGCAUUGGCACAGUUUCCAGAACUCUCAUCGACCGAGCUUGACCUCUGCUUCUUUAGAGAUCAACAGGCAGUCGGCUGCCCAGCUCAACCUGCUUCAGAAGUUCAGUCUCUUACGACUCACUGCCAUCCUGGAGAAACACACAGACAAUAGCAAACACGGCUGGAACUGGGUUGUUCCGAAGUUUAUGAAGCGCUCCAAAGUUCCAGAUUACAAAGAUAAACACGUGUUUGGAGUUCCACCAAUUGUAAAUGUCCAGCGAACUGGUCAGCCCCUCCCACAGAGCAUCCAGCAGGCAAUGAGAUACCUACGCAGCCAGUGUCUAGAGAAGGUCGGAAUAUUCCGGAAAUCUGGGGUUAAAUCCCGCAUCCAGACCCUACGACAGCUCAAUGAAAAUUCCCCUGAUCAUGUGACAUACCAGAGCCAAUCAGCUUACGAUGUGGCUGACCUGAUUAAACAGUACUUUAGGGAUCUGCCUGAACCUGUGCUCACCUCCAAACUUACAGACACCUUCUUGGAUAUAUACCAGUUCAUUCCAGCAGAAAAGCAUUUACAGGCAGUGCAGGCAGCAGUGAUCUUGCUACCUGAUGAGAACAGAGAGGUCCUGCAGACUCUGCUGUAUUUUCUCAGUGACAUUGCAUGUGCACAGGAGAACCAGAUGACUGCAGAGAGUCUGGCUGUCUGUCUCGCCCCCUCCAUACUGCAUCUGAAUGCCUCUAAGAAAGAUGGGGCUUCACCAAGGCUCAUGAGCAGGAAGGGUGUUGCCAAGCCAGACCACAAGGACCUGAGUGAGAACAUGGCUGCCACACAAUGCCUUUGUCAUAUGAUCACAGAAUGCAAGAAGCUUUUCCAGAUCCCUCAUGAAAUGAUGCUGCAGUCGAGGAAUUCUUAUGUGGCAGCUGACGCACAGCCGCUACCUCUGCAUGGGCUCGGGGUCAACGCCCUAGGUGAGCCUGUGGAUUAUCAGGCGUAUUUGGAAGACAACAUUCAGUGUCUUCUCAGAGAGAUGUCUGAGCGGAGUAAGGGCUGGCACCAUGCCCACGGACCCGAUAACACUGAAACUUCUUAUAAAAAGGUAGGGGACGGACACCCGAUGCGUCUAUGGCGUGUUUCAGUCGAGAUAGAAGCCUCGCCUGCUGUGGUGCUGCAGCGGAUUCUGCGAGAGCGCCACCUGUGGGAUGAAGAUCUUCUGCACAGUCGAGUCCUCGAAACUUUGGAGAACAACACAGAAGUCCUCCAUUACAUCACGGACAGCAUGGCUCCCCAUCCUCGCAGAAACUUCAUAGUGCUUCGACGAUGGUGUAGUGAUCUUCCAAAGGGGGUGUGUGUUCUUGUGUCCUCAUCUGUUGACCAUGAUAACGUGCAGCUGGAAGCCGGGUUACGGCCGGUGCUACUGACAUCCCGCAUCCUUAUUGAGCCGUGCAGAAUGGGGCGGUCCCGGCUUACACACUACUGCAGGGCUGAUCUGCGGGGGCGCUCUCCUGAUUGGUAUAAUAAAGUAUUCGGGCAUCUUUGUGCAAUGGAGAUUGCCAGAAUACGGAGUUCUUUCCCUGUUCUGUCACCACAUGGACCUGAGACCAAGCUCUGAAAACUCUGAAACAGGACCCACCUGGGAUACAUCUCUGACCAGUUUGACUCAUUGACUUGUAUGAGAGAGAGAGAGGGAGAGAGAAUGAGAAUGUAUGAGAGUUCAUAUGGAAGAACAGAAUGGCUGUGUAAGUUUGAGAAACAGGGUGGAAAAGUAAUGACAAUGAGCAGAGUACUAUGUUGAAUAGUAGGUGGAUGCAAAGGACACAUUGAGUUUUUGAAAGCCAUGGAGGAUCAAUGUGGAAAAAGCUCAAACUCAUAUUCAUAUUGGUAAUACUGCGUAUAAACUUAUUCAGUUGGUCUGAGUUUUGUUUAAAUAUUUAUUAUCAGUGAUUAAGCAGUGUGUCUUAGUACAGAUCUGUUGUGCCUAAACAUUUUUGUCUAAUCCAGUGUGGUCUGUCAGACACCUAAUUAGUUUUUAGGUUAAACGUAUAAAGAGUUCUUUGCUUUUUGACUUGUAAAUAAAUGCUCAUGUGGCACAGAUGACCAGUUAGCUGGCUAAGAGAGGCAGCCAAUCACCAAACAUUUUGAUAUUCUUUACGUCAUCGGUCCACCACGAGUGACGUCAAGGUCCACCACGAGUGACGUUUUCUACAUAGUUUUUUUUUUUUGUGACCUCAAACCAUUUCAUCCCUUUUACUACUCUGUUUUAUUAUUUAUAUGUAGCAAUCGUUUGCAUGUGGCAAACUUCAUUUGUGAAGUGUUAGUAACUAAACAUCUGCAUGGAAUCCAUGGGUAUGAUAUUCAAAAGACUUUGUUAGUACAGCUUUACUUUUCACUUUUGCACGAAUAACAUUUGUGUGAUUUAAUGAGAUGAUUCUCUUUCUGAUUGUUCAUCAAAACUGUCAGGUAUCAUUUUACAUUCAAGCUCUAAGUGUUUUGAACAAAGAGAAGCGUGUUUGUGUGUUCAUCUUAUUAUAUGAUCAUCGUUAAAUCAGUGCUGUUCACCAGGGCAUUAUGUAAGACCAAUAUUUUAUUUAUUUAAAAAAUAUAACAAUACUUAUAGUAUUGUAAAAGAAUGUAUACAUGUUAAUUUCCUAAUGUGGAAUAGCUUAAUGUGCUGUGACUCCAAAGUUAUGUUUAUUGUAUUAUUCCAGAAAGUCUUUAUAAGCAAUAAAUCUGUGUUAAACACAGGUGCCAGAAACAAGCUACCAAAUUUGUUUUCUUUAACAAUGUUGAUUGAUUUGAUUGUUUCAUUUGUUUUUUAUAAAUCAUACAGUACUCCAAUGUGUAUUGUGCCAACUUAAACAUUCAUGCAAUGAGAAUAA